AUGGCGGCGGCGGCGGCGGCGGCGGCGGCGGCGGCGUGGCCGGAGCUGGCGGCGGCGGCGCGGGAGCGGCGGAGGGAGCUGGCGCUGCCGGGCGCGGCGGUGGCCGAGCGGGUGGCGGCGGGCGGCGGGCGGCUGCCGGCGGAGCUGCUGGCGCUGCCGCUGCUGCAGUCGCUGGAGCUGAGCGGCUGCGCGGCGCUGCGGGAGCUGGGCCCGGGGCUGGCGGCCGCGCUGCCCGCCUUGCACACGCUGGUGCUGCGCGGUAACGCGCUGGGCCCCGCCGGGCUGGGCGAGGGGCUGGGCGGGCCGCUGCCGGCCCUCCGCGUGCUCGACCUGUCCGGGAACGGGCUGGAGGAGCUGCCCGCCGCGCUGGGCGGGGCGGGGGACGCGGGGCCGGCGGGGGCCGGGGUUGAGCCCGCGGCCUUCCCGCAGCUGCGCAGCCUCAACCUGAGCGGGAACCGGCUGCGGGAGCUGGGCCCGGGGCUGGCUCGCGCCGCGCCGCAGCUGCAGGAGCUGCUGCUGUCCGGGAACCGGCUCCGCGCUCUGCCCGGCGCGCUGCUGCCUCCCGCCGCCGCCGCGGCGCCGUUCCCGCUGCUCAGCCGGCUGGAGGCGGCCGACAACGAAGUGGAGGAGCUGGGCCCGGGCAUCGCCGCGCUGCCCGCCCUCAAGAGCCUGGACCUGGCCAACAACCGGCUGAGCGAGCUGCCCGCCGCGCUGGCCGACUGCCCCCGCCUCAAGGACGCCAACCUGCGGGGCAACCCGCUGCGGGACCGCCGCCUCGAGAAGAUGGUCAACGGCUGCCAGACGCGGGCCGUGCUGGAGUACCUGCGCUCCAAGGGCCGCGCCGAGGGCGGCCGCGAAGAGGCCAGGAGGAGGAAACGGGAGAAGCAGCAGCAGAAGAAGGACGACGGGGAGCGGGACGAGGCGGAGGCGGUGGGCAAGCUGCUGCUGAAGGUGCUGCAGGUCGGCGACAACCCCGCGCCGAUGGUGGUCAGGGCGAGCCCGGGCGUCAGGGACGUGCGGCCCUACAUCGUGUGCUGCGUGCUGCGGGGAGUGCGCCUGCGGCCGGGGAACGCCCUGCGCAGGUUCCUGAGCGCGCAGACCAAACUGCACGAAGACAUCUGUGAAAAGCGGACAGCGGCCACGAUUGCCACCCACGACCUGCAGCUGGUCAAAGGCCCGCUGACCUACGGCGUGCGGCCUCCCACGGAGCUGAAGAUAACGCCCCUGGGUCGAAAGGAGAUGAAGGCAAAGGAUCUCCUCCAUCAGCUGCAGCUGGAAGCAGAGGAGCAGAGGAAGCAGAAGAAGCGCCAGAAUGUUUCUGGAUUGCACAAGUAUCUCCAGCUGCUGGAUGGCAAAGAGAACUAUCCAUGUCUUGUGGAUGCUGAAGGCGUUGUGAUUUCUUUCCCACCCAUAACCAACAGUGAGAAAACAAAGAUCAGAAAAUCCACCCGCGAUCUGUUUCUGGAAGUGACGAGCGAUAUGAGUUUACAGAUCUGCAAAGACGUCAUGGACGCUCUGAUUCUGAAAAUAGCGGAACUGAACAGAUUCACCCUGGAAAAUAAGGAGGAGGAGUCGGGCUCGGAUGAGGAAUCGGAUGCUCCUUGUGGACCUGUGGAUUUGAACCCCAGCCACAACACGCGGCAGCAGAGUUUGCCAUUGGUGGUGGAGCAGGUCCGAGUGGUGGACACGGAUGGAAACCUGAAAGUCCUUUACCCUUCAAAAACUGACCUGGCCACGGUGUCCUCUCUCCUGACAGUCAUACGCUAGCCGCUAGCAAAGACAAGAAAAUUACUCGGUUUUCUUUUUCUUUCUUUUUUCCGUAUUCAAGAAUGGGACUUGUACGCGGUGAGAGGGUUUUAAAGAUGCAGUGCUCCCUGCCUCGCCGUGUAAAACAUUUUGGUCAAGUCCUGGCAAGGAGGAUUGCAUCCUCUCAGCCUUAGGAGAAAGUCAGCAGCGUUCUGACCAGCUGCAGGCAACGGCAUCUGCCAAUGCAAACUUAAAAGCGGGGAAGGUAUUCGAAGUCAGAAUCCACUAACGUGGAAAGGGAAUCGUUAUGACAUUUUAAUUUAUAAAACGAAUGCAGUCAUGUUUCUCUGCAAGGUUACUGCUUGUUCCUGGUGCUUCAGCUGGAUUAUUAUCUUAGCAGCUGAACUGAGAAAUCCAGUAGGUGACAGCACUGAUGCUGUUACAUGCUGCACACCACUACUGAAGACACGAUGCACUUGGAACAUCUCAUUUUGCAUAAUUUUAUAUCCAGGGUAACCAUAGAACUGAACAUUCUGCGUAUUUUAAAUGUCUUAAACCUAACUGCUGCCAGGAUCUGAGCAGUUUUACAGUAAUGAUUUUUAUUCUGUGCUCACACGUUUCACACCGCUUUCAUUUCUGAGUGAAGCCAAUAGAACUGACUGCAGGGGUUUGCGUUUCCCAGUGCGUUUUAGAGCCGUGCUCCAUCCUCGUGGAAGCACCAGUUGUGAAUUUAUUGUGUACCCAUUGAGUUAGCUGCUGGUCAAGCAUGGAAUUUGUACUCGCUUGUGAAGUGGAGCCCCGUUCUGAGGGCUAAUGCUAUGUCAGCACUGGUCCCCAGCUCCCCAGAACGUAAGCCGUCCUGUCUGGGUGACCCCACUGGAGCUCCCUCCUGCACCCCAGUUUGGUGAGUGUUGGGCACCCCGUGCAAGGUGCAGAUAGUGGAGCUGUUCAGGUUUUUGCAGUCCUGGCUGUUGUCUGAAUGCAGACCUCUCCGCGCAUAAGCUAGGGCGAUCCAUGAAUUCUAACUGAACUCUCUAGAUAUCAAAUACGUCCACGUGUUGCGAAUUGAAUGGAAAAAUAAAAUGGUUCUUGCGGUCGUACGUCA